AUGCGCAGCAGCAACAUUAGGAGAAGAGUGGUGCUGCUGCGUUGGAGGUGGAGUGGUGCUGCUGCGUUGGAGGUGGAGUGGUGCUGCUGCGUUGGAGGUGGAGUGGUGCUGCUGCGUUGGAGGUGGAGUGGUGCUGCUGCGUUGGAGGUGGAGUGGUGCUGCUGCGUUGGAGGUGGAGUGGUGCUGCUGCGUUGGAGGUGGAGUGGUGCUGCUGCGUUGGAGGUGGAGUGGUGCUGCUGCGUUGGAGGUGGAGUGGUGCUGCUGCGUUGGAGGUGGAGUGGUGCUGCUGCGUUGGAGGUGGAGUGGUGCUGCUGCGUUGGAGGUGGAGUGGUGCUGCUGCGUUGGAGGUGGAGUGGUGCUGCUGCGUUGGAGGUGGAGUGGUGCUGCUGCGUUGGAGGUGGAGUGGUGCUGCUGCGUUGGAGGUGGAGUGGUGCUGCUGCAUUGGAUGUGGAGUGGUGCUGCUGCGUUGGGGUGGAGUGGUGCUGCUGCGUUGGAGGCCUGCGUUGGAGGUGGAGUGGUGCUGCUGCGUUGGAGGUGGAGUGGGUCCCAAGCAAUGGUUCCCACCUCACCGCGGUGCUUGGGUGUGCACAGAUGGAUUUAGCUAAGGAGAAUAAGUCGCUCAAGGCAGAGCUAGAGAAAGUUCGAGCUGCUCUUGCGAAAUCAGAGAGCACGUGCUUGGCUCUUCAGAAGGACCUCGCCGGUAUCGACGACAGCUAUCAGAAGCGGUUAGGGAAGCAAGCAGAGCGGCUUGCGCUGUGUCAGAAUGAGUUGGAGAAGUAUCAGAUGAAGGUUGAGAAGCUUCAGCGAGAGAAGAAAGAUAUAGAGGAAUCCAUAUCCGUUAGCAGUCAACAAGACACCUCGGCUUCGGUAGUGAGGCCGUCCGAGGAUCAAACCGCUUCUGAUGCAGAUUCAUCGCAAGCAAAGGGUCAGGAGAAUGAACAGCUCGACGAGCAUGAUUCCUCCAAUGAAUCUUCGGAAAGCCGCCAUGCUCUUGGAAAUAUCGGCAAGUGCAGUACCGAUGGCUCCUCCGUCGAGAAAGAAGUCACCGCCGUUUCAACCCCUGAAACCGAUCAGUUCUCCCUCGGAACUGCUGGACUCGACUCUGGCGUCAUUGACAACAUUCCUGACUCAAAUCUUAAAUCAGAGCUGAGCGCACCGAGGCAACUUCAGCUGGAAACCGCUUUGGAGGCUACGAGGAAGGAGAACUCGGAGCUGAGGGCUCAGCUGGAGGAGAAGGACAUGGAGCUCGCGCGAGUGAGGGAGACGGCCACGUGGCAGGAUAUGGAGAUGACCAAGCUAAGAGGCAUGGUGAAGGACCUGUCUCUUCCAGAUUCUGCACUGAAGGUGCCUGAAUCAGAUCCUAAAGCAUUGGUGGUCGCCAAUGAGAAGAUUAAUGAACUCGAGAAGAAGGUGUCAGAGCUGGCUUCAGCGAAAAAGAAGCCCAAGUUCUUGAAGUUUCUUUGCAUGUCCUGA